UUUUUUCUUUUUUUUUAAAGCACAAAUACUUUUCCAUCACCUAAAAUGAAGGCAAUAUACACGUCACCUUACAAUACGUGUCCACGUCUUAUUGGUUAUUGCUUGGCCGCCUUACAUCUCUCGUGACCUAGUCGGCUUCAUCCCUCUCUAUAAAUCAAAACUUGGAGACCUCAUCUCUUUCACAAAUUAGGUCUCGAAUUCGAUAUAAUCAAAAAACAAUCUUCUCAAUCCUCUCUCGCAAUCGCAAGUUUCGAUCAAGAUGCAGAUCUUUGUGAAAACCCUCACCGGAAAGACCAUCACCCUUGAGGUUGAAAGCUCUGACACCAUCGACAACGUUAAAGCCAAGAUUCAGGACAAGGAAGGCAUUCCUCCGGAUCAGCAGAGGCUCAUCUUCGCCGGAAAGCAGCUUGAAGACGGCAGGACUUUGGCCGACUACAACAUCCAAAAGGAGUCUACGCUCCACUUGGUCUUGCGUCUACGUGGAGGCAUGCAGAUUUUCGUCAAGACGUUGACCGGAAAGACUAUCACUUUGGAGGUGGAGAGCUCUGACACCAUCGACAACGUUAAAGCCAAGAUCCAGGAUAAGGAGGGAAUCCCACCGGAUCAGCAGAGGCUCAUCUUCGCCGGAAAGCAGUUGGAAGACGGCAGGACCUUGGCUGAUUACAAUAUCCAGAAGGAGUCUACGCUCCACUUGGUCUUGCGUCUACGCGGAGGCAUGCAGAUCUUCGUCAAGACUUUGACCGGAAAGACUAUCACUUUGGAGGUGGAGAGCUCUGACACUAUUGAUAAUGUCAAGGCCAAGAUCCAGGAUAAGGAGGGAAUCCCACCGGACCAGCAGAGGUUGAUCUUUGCCGGCAAGCAGUUGGAGGAUGGAAGGACUCUAGCUGACUACAACAUCCAGAAAGAGUCUACGCUUCACCUGGUCUUACGUCUACGUGGAGGUAUGCAGAUAUUUGUCAAGACCCUUACCGGCAAGACCAUCACAUUGGAGGUUGAGAGUUCGGACACUAUUGAUAACGUGAAGGCCAAGAUCCAAGACAAGGAAGGCAUCCCUCCAGACCAGCAGCGUCUCAUCUUCGCUGGCAAACAGCUCGAGGAUGGUCGUACUUUGGCGGACUACAACAUCCAGAAGGAGUCAACUCUCCACUUGGUGCUCAGGCUUCGUGGUGGGAUGCAGAUUUUCGUUAAGACAUUGACCGGCAAGACGAUCACGCUUGAGGUGGAGAGCUCCGACACCAUUGACAAUGUCAAGGCCAAGAUUCAAGACAAGGAAGGCAUCCCUCCGGAUCAGCAGCGUCUCAUCUUUGCUGGAAAGCAGCUCGAGGAUGGUCGCACCUUGGCCGAUUACAACAUCCAGAAGGAGUCUACCCUUCACCUGGUCCUUCGUCUCCGUGGUGGCUUUUAGAACUCUUAUCCUGUGUGGUAUCAAACGUCAGUGUCUCUGUUUACUAUCUGGUGGUUUUCUUUUGAUCUUAUGGUUUGUGUGUUUUGGGGUCUUGUAAAGCAAGCCCCUGAUGAAUAAAUGAUGAACUCUCUUUGCGUCCUCAUGUCUCGUUCGUUAUAAGCGUCUUAUGGUUUGUGUGUUUUGGGGUCUUGUAAUUUAAGCCCCUGAUGAAUAAAUGGUGAACUAUCUUUGCGUC